UUUAGCUGGUGUCAGUGCGUAGUCAGCUGCAACCUCGUGACUUUGCGGAAAUUUGUUGUGACAUUCUGGUGGUAAUUUAUAAGCGUUUAUAAACUGCAAACAAGAUUGAGUGAAAAAAUUGUUCUGGGAGUAAAUUAACACGACUGUAGAACUGAAGCCAUGGACCAGGACCCAACUAUGUGGAUAAAAAAAGAGGAAACAGAUGAAGUAAAAAUUGAGUUACACUCCAUGUUUCUUGAAGACCCAUUAAAGACUGAAGGAUGUAGUGUUUUGGUAAAGCAAGAUUCCGAAGUGAAACAACAUGCUGAUGGAUCAGAGCAUAAUUCUGUUAAAGAUCCAUUUGGAAUAUCUUGGUCCACUGAUUAUAUCAAGGAGGAUCCUGAAUUGAAUUUGGAAAUUGUCACUGAGGAUAUUGUGGAAACCUCAACAAGAUACACAUAUGAUAGUGCAAGAUUGACUCAGAGUACUGGUGGGAGCUGUGGCAUAUUAUGUGAGGAAACUUAUCACCAUGGGCUAGUCCAGGAUAAGUUGGUGAUAGACAUGAAGACGUCAACAGACGAGUUGGGUCCCAAUACAGAAGAUGUGAUUAUUGAUAAGGAGUGCUCAGAUGCUACCCGAUAUCACUGUAGUACAAGGGAAAAGGAAUUUCAUGAAGGUUUCCGCUGGCACUAA